CAGUAAAUACAGUGUUGAAGAGGCGGGGUUUGACAUCUCAGCUCUGAAAACAUCUCUAAUCCAGUAUUUCAGGUGCCGAAGUCGACCGAGCGACCAUAGCUCACUACCGCCGCGCAUCAGCGAACUGCUGCAGAACUGCACGCCUCUCAAAAAACCGGAAUAUAUAUCGCAAAGUGGACAGAGACGGCUGUUGUGUCCGAAGUGGAAUUUCUGAAAGAGGGUAGACCUUGUAAAAGCCAGGGAGAGUGAAGUUUCAGCGGCGCAGAGACAACACUUUGUUUUCUGGUAGGUGUUUUAGUUUCCAGUAUCUGCCUCUUGAAGUACAUUUUAACCAGCGACUCCUGCGGCUCCUCAGUUCCUCCCCCUUCGAAACUCAACCAAAAUACUCCCAACUCUCCACGCUGGAGGAUAUAACCGCACUUGGGUUUUUAUUCUCUUUAAGCCCAGCUGCCUUUGCUGUCUAGUACUAAGAGAUGCCUGGAUAAAACUUUACUAUGGAUAAACCUUGGAGAGGGACGAUUUACUGCAGCUGAACAGUCUCCUCAACAGCAUUACAACCAUGUGGCAAAAUUUGCUUACAGGGGGUCCACAAUCCCUGCAUCUCAUCAGAAGUAUCAGACCAGUGAACAUCAGAGACUUUCCCAUACGGAGACUCGGAUUGUAAUUUUUUUUUUUGAUCGUGGCGAGUUUUUUUUUUUUUUUUUUUUUUUUUUUUAAAGACUUCUAACUAGCAGACAAGGUAAAAGGACCUUUUACAUGCACUGCAGAAAUGGACUAGGAGCCCAUGUGUAGCAAGGCAGCUGCUGCAGCUCGUGGAAUAACUUAGCCCCAGACUGUUGGGUAGUCACUCUUUCAGGGGCAGAGGGAUCUAAUCCCAGCACCAACCGACCCACCCUGUCGUCUGACUAUCCCACCUGUCAAAAGGCAGACCCCACUAUCCAAUGGCAUGGGUCAAGUUCUUCAGGAAGCCGGGGGGCAAUCUGGGGAAAUCGUACCAGCCGGGGAGCAUGCUGUCUUUGGCCCCCACCAAAGGACUAUUGAACGAGCCGGGCCAAAACAGCUGCUUUCUGAACAGUGCUGUGCAGGUACUAUGGCAGCUGGACAUCUUCAGACGCAGCUUGAGGCAGCUACCUGGACACUUCUGUCUCGGAGAGUCAUGCAUCUUUUGUGCAUUAAAGGGCAUUUUCUCACAGUUCCAGCACAGUCGGGAGCGCGCCCUGCCCUCUGACAACCUGCGUCACGCCUUGGCAGAGACCUUUAAGGACGAGCAGCGCUUCCAGCUGGGCUUCAUGGAUGAUGCCGCAGAGUGCUUUGAGAACAUACUGGAAAGGAUUCACCUGCACAUUGUGCCUGAGGAGACAGAUGCCUGCACUUCCAAGUCUUGCAUCACACAUCAGAAGUUUGCUAUGUCGCUUUAUGAGCAGUCUGUGUGCCGUAGCUGUGGGGCCUCCUCCGACCCACUGCCGUUUACAGAGCUAGUGCAUUAUGUUUCCACCACCGCGCUCUGUCAACAGACACUUCAGCGCAGAGACGAGUCAUUUGGGGAACUGUUACAAGCUGCGUGUACGAUCGGGGACCUUCGUAACUGUCCGAGCAACUGUGGCCAGAGGAUUAGGAUCAGACGGGUCCUCAUGAACUCCCCAGAGAUUGUUACCAUAGGCUUCGUCUGGGAUUCUGACCAGUCAGACCUCACAGAGGAUGUUAUCCGCUCACUGGGACCUCAUCUGAGUCUGUCUGCGCUCUUCUACAGGGUGACAGAUGAGCAUGCCAAAAAGGGAGAGCUGCAGCUCGUGGGGAUGAUCUGCUACUCCAGCCGUCACUAUUGUGCCUUCGCAUUCCACACCAAAUCCUCCAAAUGGGUCUUCUUUGAUGACGCCACAGUGAAAGAGAUUGGCUCCAGGUGGAAAGAUGUGGUCAGCAAAUGUAUCAAAGGUCACUUCCAGCCUCUUCUCCUUUUUUACUCCAACCCCGAUGGUAGUGCCAUCAACACAGAAGAUGUCUCUCGACAAAACAGCAGCCAGUCCCACUUGAAGACCCCUGUCAAUGGAGAAGUACAAGGCUAUGAGUCUUCAGUUUCAGCUCCCAAGAAGCUGGACCUCACCAGGGAGAAUCUGAACGCUGUGUUGAGUCAAAACUCUUUCAAACAGAAGAGCCCUUCAACCUUUAGCCGGGGAAGUGCUCAGACCAGCGGUGGACGGGGACCAGUGAAAAUUGGCACCACUGAUCCAAAGAAUCGCCUCAGGGAGAUUUCUAGAGAAGUUGCCCAGAGAGCAGGAGAGGUGCGGGGGAUGCAUCCAUCCAGAAGAGAGCCUGACAGGAGCGGUCAGCAGAGGCUGGAGUCACGAUACAGAGAUCCAGGUCAAGACAAGACCUACUCCCGCUCUGCCUCCCCUCCAGAGAACGGCUUCAAAAAACACCUGGAGACUCGCCUGUACAGCAGCCAAGGGAAAGGUCCCACCCGGACUGAGCGACCUCCCCACCUCGGCAAUCGGUCCUCCCAUGAGCCCUCUCGCUCUCACUCGAGGGUCCAGGUGUUACCCAGCAUGCCCAGUGGCAGCGGCCAUCACAGCCGGAGACUAGACCAGCUCUCCAAUGGAUAUGAUACCGACAGCAGCCAAGACUCUCGAGAGCGUCCUGGAAGUGGAGGGAACAGCCGCAGCAGGUCCAGCCGUCCGUGGAAGCCCAUGCGGGAGGUGCUAAACGUGGACAGCGUUUUAAGCAGCGUUAGUCCCAGUGGCGGCAAUUCUGUAAGUGAAGAGCGAAGGCAGCAUAGCCCCAGGAGAAGACCCAACAGUCAGUCGCCCUCACGUGACCGAGAGCGAGACAGAGAUUUUACGUGGGGAGGUCGGGAAGAGCGCAAACCCAAGAGCCUUAUGACCAUUUAUGAGGACGAGCAGAGGCAUGAAACAGGUGGCAGUCGAAGCUCGCUGGACUCAGAUGGCCGGGGCGGCUACAGUGACAAGGACAGGUCAAAGGGCACAGCAACUCUUAAAGUCCGCAGUGACAACUGGAAGAUCCAGCGAACUGAAUCUGGAUAUGAAAGUAGUGACAGACUAAGCAACGGCUCAGCAAAUCUUGACUCACCUGUGGUAGAGAACCUUUCUUCCAAGGACCUGCGGCCAAUACCUGAGCUGCAUCAGACAAGGGAUCACCUCCCUCAAAGAAGAAGUGAUGAUUCGAAGGCUGAUAUAUUGCACUCAUACAUUACAUUUUCCACUGGUGAACAAGGAAGAAAAUCUCCAGAUCUGCAAGACACAAACAUCCUAUCUGGUCAGAUAAUAAAAAGAAGUAGAGCUUUCCGAUACACUCCAGGAAUCUUGGAAAAUGAAAAUGGCCUGGACAGCGAACAAGAGGAAAAUGUGGAUGGCAGCCCCGUGAGCCCCAUGCCUCCUUAUUUAACAAAGACCAGCAGUUCUGAGUGGAAUAGCUCAGAUGACCUCGCUGGACCCUUCUCCGAACAAGAAGAGACUGGCACUGUGGCCCACGUAGACCCUUUCCUGCACAACUACCCCCCACCGUUACCCCCCAAGACCUUUGGCAACAGUCAUGCUGACCCAUCUGACACCCACUCGCAGCCGCUGGAGGUGCCAAUGCGGUUGAGCCCCCGCAAUGAACCCAAAAAUAGCUUGUCCCCACUCUCGCACACCACCCUUCGUCGGUGGAUUGAGACACCUGCCGAGCACAGGCUUUCAUCAGACGCCAGCUCAAAGUCUGGGUCAUCAGACCAGGACAGGAACGAUCUUUCGGCCAGCGAGAGUGACGACAGGUUACCUAGUCCAAAGCCCAGCAACAACGAUGGUACAGACUCUGCUUCUGUGACAGAUAUGGUUCUUCCCACCACUUACUUUUCUGUGGAUAACUGUAUGACAGACACUUACCGGGCCAAGUAUCAUAAGAGGCCUGCCUUGUACAUGAAAGUAGAGGACCAUACAUCAUCAGGGGAGAGUGACGUAGAAGGGAGGGGGCUCCCUGUAGCAGAUGUUAAGCCACCAGAGCCCUCCAAAAGCAGAUCAGAAUCAGGCUAUUCUACGACUAAGACUACUGCAAAGUGGAAUCCAGUUACUCCAAAAGGACUUGAUGAGCAUGGUUUCCUAUGAUUUUAGCAAAAGCAUCAAUGGACCUUGUAUGAUCCCAUGACUGGAUGCCAAAAGGAACUGUUAACUGCUUUCUUACAGGGAUGUGUCUUUACUUGUCAUGACAUAAAGUUCGACAUGAAUGUGGAUGCCAAAGAGAUUGGUCCUGAGACAUUGUAAAAAGAAUUGCAGAGGUCCUUAAUAGAGAUCUUGCUGUUUUGGUAUGAGUUACCAAUAGCUUUGAAUAAAUAUUGAAUUUGCACAGUAGAUAGCACCAGAAAGGUACAGAAAGAAACACGCCUGAAACAUUUUACUGUUGAUUAUGUUCAGAUGUUUUGAAUUCACAAGGGUCGGGUUAGGUGAGUUAAGAAUGUGUCACAAAAGCCACUUUACCACACGAGAUUAAGAGAAAUUCACAUGAAGACAUAACCUUUUUCUUACAAUUCUCUCAUUCUAUGGAAAACUUUUUGUUUAUUUGUUGAACUACUCCCAUUUCAGUGUUAUCGAGUGUUUUUGACAUGAUAUACCUACCUUUCAGUGGGUUUUAAAGAACAUGAGAGGUUCUAGUAAUAUUCAGAACUUGUUUGUUUUUUUGUUUUGUUUUGUUUUUGCUGGUUUUUGAAAGUAACGCUACUUAUUGGACACUCCUGGCACGACUUAAAAAUGGAUCCCAAGGAUCCGUGUGAAUAUGAAACUCACAAAGGUUUUUGGCUAAUGAGAACUCCUCACAGGACUGUUAAAGUGAGACAGCUUACAGCCAUGGAUUACUGAUGGUACAUGGAGUUUAAUGACCAUUGGAAAUAACAUACAAAGUCAUAUGACAACCAGAGGAGGUCUAAUAUGCCAAACAAAACAACUCUGAUAACCACUGUGGUGUCCAGGGGCUAUAUGUUAAAUUAAAUGCUAAUUGGCAGAAAAGUAUGUGGCACAUUAACUUAAGGCACGUCCCUAUCUUCUCACAUGCACACCUGCACACCUCCUGUCAUCCCUACAUAUUAACUGUGUUCUAUGUCUUUGCACUGUAUUUCUGGUUGAUCAUUUCUCGUUUCACACUCUUAACAAUUAUAAGCUUCCAGUUUGUUUUUUUUUUUUUUGUCUUUAGCAAAAUUGAUAAAUUUAUCAGUUACCUAUCCUGUUUCUUAAAAAUAGUUCCUAUUAGCAAGUCUGCACUGGUAGGAAAUGGACAUGUCAGGAUGUUUUUCUUUAAGGGGGUUAUUAAUAAAAUCUUGUAAAUCUCUGUAGUGUACUAUUUUUUGGUUCAAAAUGUUUUCUAUAUGCAGCAAACUUUAAUGCACAGUGCCUUUUGUAUUUUUCUAUGUCAAGAGAAGAUUGAAUUGGAGCCAUGAUUUGUACAAUUCUUUCUGAGAUUUUGUAACAUUUUAUUUUAUUUUUAUUGAUUAACGAUUGUUAAAUAAACAAUUUUAUUUAACCAUA